AGUGAGCGGCCACGUGAAAAAUGCGCAUCAGUGCAAUGCACAGUUAACAAGGGUAGAUUUAGAUGUGCACAGGGGCGGACUGACAACUCAUGGGGCCCCCGGGCAAUAGGGGAUCAUGGGGCCCCUGUGUCCUUGCCCAAACUCAAAAAAGUCAAUGAAAAAGGUACCAGGGGCAUCUCAUGGGGCCCCCUACUGACCUCGGGCCCUCGGGCAGUGCCCGAGUCUCCAAAUGGUCAGUCCGCCCCUGGA